GCCGACCCGGACAUCUUCGACUUGGCAUCGCGCAGGAUACCUGUCGACCACCAGAAGGAGAUCGUAGAGGGUUACUUCGAAGAGGCGCUCGCCCGCGGAAGGGCCCGCGCCGAUUUCGGCGCAGACGAGGUCGCAGACGAUUCUUGGGAGAUCCACAAGGGCGACGUGCGCAACAGAUAUCACUCCGAGCGCGGCAGUCUGGCCCUUCAUCUGGUGGAAAAUGUGGAGAGCGCGAAGUGCACUGAAGAGGAGUUCGCAGAGUUUCACCAGCUCUACGACGCAAAGACGGACGACGGGGAGCCGAUGCUAGACAGGGGAGGCAUCAUGCGCCGCAUAGGCAAGGAUAACAAGCGCUACAGUGAGCUCGCAGCCAAGGUCCGGGACAUGGGCGCGGCCACGCGAGCCCGAGGGCCGCGGCCGCAAAAGCUCAAGGUCGCGAUGCAAGAGUUCCUCGAGAAGCAGAAGGAUGAGCCGCAGAGCGCCACUCAGGACGAUGCUCGGCGCGCCGAGUUUGCCGCGCGCGCAGCGCCGCACACAGGGCUGUUGACCUUCAAGCCAGGCGCCGACGGGGCGGUCGAGUGCGUGCUCACGGAGGAGCAGAAGGCGCUGGUGCGGGAGAUGCUGAGUGAGAGAGCUUCGACGAUGGAGUACUUGUUCAGCCGGGGAAACGUCUGCGCGUGCUUGGGGAUUGGCCAGCACAAGUACGGGGCGCUGCUCGCGGCGGCCGGGGCCGACCCGCGCCAGCACCGCGUCCAGUGCGAGAAGAGUUGGCUGCGGUGGGCAAAGGAGCUCUCGCUGGAUAGCCCCAGCGUCGUGUGCUUCGCCUGCGGCGUCAAGGUCUCCAAGCACCACUGCAAGCGCGAGUGCCCGUCAGACCUCAUCGCACAGACCUUGCGCGAGGACGCCUCCGAGAUUAUCCCGCACAUCUGCGAUUACUGCGUGCGGGCGGAGGUGCUCGGCGGCGCCAGCAUGGAGAUCACCGACGGCGUGCUCUGGCUCCGGCCGCGGGGCGCCCCGCCCGGCUGGGCAGUCCCCGUGCGCGCUCAGAAGCUCCUCGACGCGCUGAAGUGGCUCGCGAAGAAUAACGCAUACUAUCGCGACUUCUCCGUGCUGGGCCAGGCAACGGCAGCCAUCAAGGCCCUCGAGACGAAGCUCGCUGAGAAGCUUGCUGACGAUCGCCAAGCGAUCGACCCGGAGGCCGAGGCGGCGGCGCAGGGCGCUUUCGAAGGAGACGCAACGUACUUCACCGCGGGCGGGCCCGCUCUGGUCGGCGCCGUUGUGAGAGACCUCCAGAAGAACCGGGGGUCGGCGGAGAUUCGCCCGUUGACGGAGGCGCUGGCGUUCCCGACGCUGUUCCCGGGGGGCGAGGGCUCCUGCCCCGAAGAGCUCCGCUUCAGCAGCUACGCGUGGCGCCGCCUGCUGGACUGCAAGACCAAGUUCCAGGAGAAUCCGGAUUACACCUUCUACCAGCUCGAGACGUGGUUCCGGAAGAGCUUGAGCAGCGCGACGUCCGUGUUCGCGGGGAAGCGCGAGGUGCCCGGUCGGGAAGCGGCGGAGCGCAGAGCAUACGCCGUGCAAGGUAAAGUGCCCGGCACGACCGCGUUCCUGGGCCAGAAGCGCACCCAUUGCGUCCAGAUGAUGCGCCAGCUCGGGCGCCCUGAUUUCUUCCUCACGCUCACGAGCCACGAGCGCCAGCCGCACAUGCUCGCAGCGUGCGUAAAGGCGCAGCUCUACAACGACAGCCCCGGCCUGCCGCUUGAUCGUGUGGAGAAGACUGUCGCCGCGCAGGUGCUGGCGUACACGAACGACCCAGAGCACAAGUGGGAUGGCAGCCCGCAGUGCGACGAGAAGAUCAAGGGCACGAAUGACGCGGCCGCGGCGUGCGAGAGCGGCUCGGAGACCAGGCGAACUGGGAUGACAGCUCUUCAACUGUGCCAGAAGGUCCCUGCAGACGUCGAGCGCGAGUGGAACCGGCAGUUGGAAAGAUUUCUCAGCUGGAUCACCGAGGCGCGGAAGACAAAGGGAGAGAGCUGCCCGCCGUUUCCAAAGCCGACUCUGCUUCGCGGCACGGAGGCGGCGGACGGUGGCGAAGCGCCCACGGGCGCCGAGGAUGUCGGAUACAUGGAUCUGCUCCAGGGCGACGUCAAGUGGGAUUGCUGGGACGACAACCUGGACGAAGCGCCCCCCUUCGUCGCGCAAGACUUCGUCAGCCGCGUGGAAUGGCAGAAGCGGGGCUUCCCCCAUGCGCACAUGCUGCUCUGGGUGGGCGACUGGGGGGCCGAGCGCGACGCUCGGCUCGCCGCGGAAGAGGUCGCGCAGCCGCGCCCGGACGCGGCCCCGCCCGUGGCCGGUGACUCCAUCUGGCGCGUGAGCAAGGAGCAGUUGGAUCAGCUCCUCUCCGGGAAGGCCAGCGCGGUCGUGAGGCCGCGCGGGCUGAAGAUCGUCGCGGUGGCGCACGUGGCAGGCGCCCGGCAGGUCAUGUCGCAGGACGAGUGGCGCCAGAAGAGUAAGGAGCACGGGAUGAGCCGGCGGACGUGCCUCUACAGGAAGACGUUCCUCGUGCACGUGCGCAUGGUGCAGCAGCUGGCAGAGGCGGUGCCGUACGCCGACCCUGGUGCGCGCGCCUGCGGUGAUCAUGUAUUUCGCCCCACGGACGCAGGGCCGCCGACGGACAGGGUUCUCCUGUUGCCCCCGCCGCGCCGGUACCUUCCCGACUGCGUGAAGGUCAACUGUAUCUGGAUCAUCGACGCGGCGCACAUGGACGUCUUGGCGUCUGGCUCCUCCACCGUCGUCGCGCGCCCCGUCGGCGUCGUCGGCGAGGAGCGGAAGUGGCUGGCGCGCGCCGUAGAUUCUGGCGCCCAGAUCGUGGGCUGGACAUCCGCAUCGGUAAACCGAGAGGUGCCGUCCGAGGAGGAGUGGGUCGCCGCCCGAGAGACCUACGGCCUAGUCGAGGACGCCCUCCCCUUCGCGCCGACGUUCCUCGUGGAGCUGCGAGCGCUGCAGCUGUUCGCCAAGCCCCGCGGCGGCCAAGAUGCAGAGGGCGAGCCGCCUGCAGCCCCAAAGCGCCCCGCGGCAGAUUGGCUUGACGGGGCGGCCUCGGAGACGGACGACGAGCUCCUGGGCCCGUCGAAGGUGGACAACGUCGCCAGUAUCUACGACGUCUAUACGCGGACGACGGGGCCGAAGAGGUGGCGUGGAGUCUAUCGUGACGGGGUGAUGACGCUGCUCACGAAGUCGCUGAUGCACAAGCACGGACCAUACUGCGGGAAGUACUCGCUCGGACGCUGCCGCUUCGGGUUCCCGCAGCAGCCGGUGGAGAAGAGCCGCAAAAAGAGUCAGCGAGAGCUCUGGAACAACGGCUCCAAGAACAAGUACUUCGUGCGGCGCCGCAGCGGCGACACGAUGAUGGGCCUGUACAACCCCCGGAUAUUGCGCCGGUGGCGCGGUUCCAUGGACCUCCAGGUCGUCGAGAACUUGCACGCGGUGGCUCGGUACAUUCUGGGCUAUUGCUUGAAGAACGACACCGCGAAGGACGCCGUGGGCAAGCUCAACCAGGAGAUCGCGAGGGUGCCGGCGACCGGGCCUGUGACGAGCAAGCAGGUGUACCGCCUCGCUUACAUCGGCACUCAGGGCCGCGUGACCUCCACGUUCGAAGCGUGCCACCACCUCCUCGGACUUCCCGUGGUGCGCAUCUCGCGGGAGUUCCAGUGGGUCCAUGCCGGCAUGCCCGAGUCUGACUCGGCCUACGUGCCGCGGCACCUCUGGCGCCAGGCUAUCGCGAACCCGGAGAACGCGCCCGAGCCCACGGCGCCCGCAGUGAUCCGCCGUUAUGCGGAGUGGCGCGCGGGGAAGGUCGCCGUCUUCGACGACACUGGGGAGCAGGUUCCGCUUCUCGUGGAAGGCAGGGCCGCCGAGAACUACGAGUGGGUGAGCCCUCGCGAAGUGACGCUGUUCGACUUCGUGGCGUCCUACUCGACGUCGUACAAUUCCGACCCCAAGCUGAGAGCGCAGCCAGCAAUCGUGUCCACGAAGGCUUUCGACCCCCAGCGCGAGACGGAGGCGUAUUAUUACUCCAAGCUUCUCCUGCACUACCCGUGGGCCGAUUUCGACGAGGACGACGGGCCGGAGUGGCUGGAGCCCUCGGACGACGGCAGUCACCAGAGUGCUUUCGUCCGCUUGUCGAAGGCCAGCAAUGAAGGAGAGCACGGCGACGAAGCGGAGGCGCCGCCAGCGGGCGCCCCAGCGCGCGAGGAAGAGGCGGAGCUCCCUGCGCCCGACUUUUUCCUGAAGUCCACGGUUUUCCCGAAGCUGAACAUCGCGGAGGCUGCGUGGCGGGAGCUGAAGCGGCUCAAUUGCGCCCUCGUCAUGCGGUCCGCCAUGCAGACGCCAGGGGCUGCGGAGGACUGGGAGAACCACCGGGAACUGUUGCGCCGCCUCCGCCUUGCCGCUGGCCGCCCCGACGAGGAGGCCGACGACCCGGACCGAGACGAAGAUCUGGAGGAGCUGGCGGGCGCCGCGCCGCACGCCAUUAGCGCCUUCGGACCAGUGGCCGGCGGCGACGAGGCCGUGCAGUUACUCUUCGGCCCCGACGCGCAGAAGUCCAAGCAGCAAGACAUCGUCUACUGGUUCCUGGAGCAGGUGCGCCAGGGCAAUCGCGCCCCCGCGCGCGUCCUUCUCCACGGUCCCGGCGGAUGCGGGAAGUCCGUGGUCGUCCGCGCCGUCGCGCGCCUCUUGCGGACAGAGGGGCACGGCGUCGCGCUCGCGGCGCCGACGGGGUGCGCUGCCUUCCUGAUCAACGGCUGCACCCUGCACUCCUGCCUCCACUUGCCAGUUGAGAACAAGUCCUUCGGCCGCGCCUCGGACGCGCCGCCCCCUUCCGGGCCCGCGCUGGAGCACCUCAUCGAGUUCUGGAAGCCUGUCCGCGUGCUGGUGAUCGACGAGAUCUCCAUGGUCUCCUCGGAGAUGCUCGCUCGGAUCGACGCGCGGCUGCAGAUCUACAAGCGCCAGCCGGGAGUGCCAUUCGGCGGCCUUCACCUGCUCCUCUGUGGGGACCUCUACCAGCUUCCUCCCCCGAAGGGCCAGCCCGCGUACGCGGCUGUCCAGCUGUGGAAGAUGUUCCUGCUCUGUGAGCUCGAGGGGAAUCACCGAGCGGCGCGGGACCCCGCUUACGCCGCUCUGCUGGAGAGAGUCCGGAAAGGCCUGCACACCGAGGCCGACCUCGCGACGCUUCGGACCAGACUGCGCAAGCCACCCGCGGACAGCCGCGCGCCGCACCUACUGGCGACCCGGAAGGCUGUCCGUCAGGUGAACGAGGAGAUGCUCGAGCGACACGCGGAGACGCACGGUUUCGAGGUGCACGCCGCGCCCGCGCAGGACACGUCGCACCGCACGGGGCUCCCGGUGGAGGUCGACACGGGCUACGACAAUCCCGAGGACACCGGCGGCCUCGAGUCAGACGCGCGGUUCGCCAUCGGGGCCAAGGUCAUGCUCCGUCGGAAUUUAGACAUCAGCGACGGCCUCGUCAACGGCGCCCGCGGCAUGGUGACGGACAUCAAGCUCGCGCGGGACUCUGGCGAGGUGCUGAAGGUGCGCGUGGAGUUCGAGCGCGGCGGGCAGGCGUCCCGCGAGGAGGAAGGCGACGCAGAUCUUCCGGGCGUGCUCAUCAGCCCCACAGUUCGCCAGCAGUGCCAAGCUUACGUGGGCCUGUCGCGGGUCGAGUGCCUGGCCGACCUAUACCUCACCGCGUUCGACGAGCGCGCCAUCAUCCCCGCGGUUGGCGUCGACCACGCGCUGCUGCAGCUCCGCCCGCAGCAGGGCUACGAGGCGGAGCGGGGCAACGGGCCGAACAAGUACUGGAGAGCGUGCUUCGCGCCAGCGCAGACGGCGCAGGAGCUCGAGGAGGCGAUCGCGAGCGCGCCACCAGGGGCGUUCGCCGAGCGGCAGGCGGAGUUGCUGGAGGCGCGUGCCGCAGAGGAGCGCGGGGACAAGGGCGCGUUCACGUGCGAGAUGGCGGGCGGCGACCGCCGGCAGCGGAUCACGGGGAAGCGCCUUGCCGCUGCCGCGGCCCAGCAGAAGGCGGCCGCUGGGCAGACGCCCCAGGCUGCCGCCGCCGCGCCGGCCGCGCCCGCGGUGCCGCCGCGCCGGAGGGCCAGGCUUGCAGCUUUGCAGCAGGCACCGGCCAGCGCCGAUGAGUUCGAGGCCGAGGAGCGCACUUCUGCUGCCCCCGAUGCAGAGACGCCGCCCUCGCCGCCGCCGCCGCCCACGCGGCCCCGUCUCACGAGCUUGGCGCCGGCCGCGAGCGGCGCGGAGGCCGCGGCGGCCCCGCGAUCAGCACCUGCCGCCGCGGCGCCCCCGCGCGCGCCGCCGGCGCUGAAGAGGCCGCGGCUCGCCGACCUCGCGAAGGCCGCGAGCGGCGCAGAAGAGGAAGCGCAGGCCGCGAGCGGCGCCCAGGCCGCGGGGUCCGGCGUCGCCCGCGAGGCCGCGGGUUCCGGCGCCGAUGGCGGCGCGCGCGCCAACGCGCCCGCCGGGGCCAGCGCGGGGGCACAGAGCGCGGCGGCGCCGCUGACGUGUCAGCCCGGUGGAAGCGUCGCUAAGCAGGCGAUGGGAUCGGCGACGGGGGCCGCGACUGGCUCGGGGCGCGCCGCCUCGAGCGGCCUGGGCGGAGCGCUCGGGCGUCGGCGCCCCUGCGGUUUCCGCAGCGUGGGGAACUCGUGCUACAUGAAUUCCCUGCUGCAGGCCCUCUUCCCGCUGGCCCCAGUGCAGCGGAUGAUUGCCGCGACGCUGGGCGCUCUGGGCGACGAGCCUGAGGAGGGCCUGUUCGACUUGCUGCGACAGGGGAACAAGCUGGUGGGAACGGCCAUAGCAGCCUGGCGCGCCCGCGGGGCGCUCGAGCCCGAGCUCUUCCUGGACUGGCAUAACGGCGAGCAGGAGGACGCGCAGGAGUUCCUGCAACUGAAUCUGUUGCAGAACGAUGGCCCGGAGCUCGCGGACCUGUGCCGCGGGAUCGACUGGCCGCGGUUGUCGUGCCCUGGCUGCCCUGCUUCUCGAGACGCUACAGGCGCCGAGCCCUUCACGAUUCUCUCCUUGCCGCUUGUGGCCGCGGACGGCCGCCGAGCCUUUGCGUCGGUGCGCGCUGCGCUGGCGGACUACAUCGAGGUUUCGAGCCCGGUGGAGGUGGACGACUGGCAGUGCCCGUGCGCGGGUUUCGUCGCGCACCGUGCCAGCGUGCUGAAGACGCACCGCAUCACGUGCUUCCCGGAGAUCCUGCUGCUUCACCUGGUGCGCUGGGACAGCUUCGGCCGCGUGGUGCCGCACCCGGUGGCAGCCGACGCCGUCCUCGAGGUGCGCGGCCCGGACAGCGUCGGGAUCUUCUCGUUGAAGGCUGUGGUCGUGCACAGGGGCGCCACCGCCCGCAAGGGCCACUACACCGCCUUCGCGAAGUACGACGGCACCUGGUGGCUAUACGACGACGACGCCUCCCGCGUCGCCACCGAAGCUGAGAUCGCCUUCUUCGGCGGCGGGCAGGGCGCCGCGGCGCUGACGAAGGUCUACCUCGCUCUCUACGAGCGCCUCGACGCGGCGCAAUGA